AUGCGACAACCAGCAAUGCCCAUUCCCUCGCCCUUCCAGUCUUCCAUAGCGAAGCCAGGGCAGGGUAAAGUCGUCCUCUCUCUCCUACCACCAAACAACCCUACCCUCACCACCCUCACCUAUAAAUACCCAUUGAAGCUGGUCCCGCGCGCCGGCGGCUUCGUCCCGACUCCAGAACCCUCCGCCCUCUCCGACUCAUGUCCCUCACACCCAGUCCACCUCUACCUGCUCACAUAUGGCGGCGGCUUAUUACCCGGUGACCACAUCGAGGUCUCCAUUACCCUCGAGCCAAAGACCAGAAUGGUGGUCACAACGCCACAAGGAAGCACAAAGAUCUUCAAAACAGAUCCAAAUAACAACGGCUCCAAUCCCAACGUCAUCAAAGGUCAUCGCAAGCAAAUGCCCGCCAACCAACACCUCUCCGAUAUGAGUCAACAAUCCCUCGACGUCCGCAUCGGCCGUCAAUCAGCCCUCUGCUACCUCCCCGAUCCCUCCGUCCCCUUCCAAAACAGCCGCUACGCCCAAGUUCAAACCUUCACCCUCGACGCCGCCGCAAAAGGCGACCAACGAGGCAGUCUCUGCGUUCUGGACUGGGUAACGCAAGGCCGCACCUCCCGCGGCGAAAACUGGAACUUCCGCUUCUGGCGCGGCCGCAACGAAGUCUGGGCCCAGGACGAAAAAACCGGCAAAAGCCGCCUUCUCCUCCGUGACUCCGUCAUUCUAGAUGAUGAAACAGAGGACUCUGACGACUCCGACCUCUCAGACUCCGAAGACGAAGUUGAAACUACAAAUCGCAAUGUCCACAAUGGUCUCGAGAACCGUGUGGAUAUGCCCCCACAGGCACCGGCCGGUUUGACACCGCUGAAUAUAAUUGCGGAGCGCACGCGCCCGCACGGAGUCGUCGGAACGUUGAUUCUCACCGGUCCUGUCUUUGAGGCUCUGGGCGCUUACUUCAUGCACCAGUUCCAGUCACAGCCGAGAAUCGGUGGUCGCAAUUGGUCUGAUAAGGGCUCGACGUCUAUGCCGGAGCCCUCGAUUAGCCACAAGGGUGAUGUGACGUGGACGGCGGCGCGAGUGCGGGCUGGAUUCGUGCUUGUUAAGUUUGGGGCUAAGGACUUUGAGACGGCUAAGCAUUGGCUUGGCGGGAUUAUUCGUGAAGAAGGAAGUGUGACUCGCGAGUUUGGGGAGGAGGCUCUUUUCUGCCUGUGA